CUUUUUUUAAAAACAUAUCCUGUCUCAGAAUGUUCUUUUGCCCUGGCAGCCAGGCCUGAAAGAGUGAGGUUAAGGUCUUGGCAGGUUCCGUUUUCUUUCCACUGGAUAUUACGCUGGAACGGAGCAGCAGAUUCUGAAGAAAAGACAUUGAGAGGGAAGAAAAACUGGUUUAGUCAUCUCAAUGGAUGCGAUACUGAAUUACAAGUCGGAAGAUACUGAAGAUUACUACACGUUACUGGGAUGUGAUGAACUGUCUUCGGUUGAACAAAUCCUCGCAGAAUUUAAGGUCAGGGCCCUGGAAUGUCACCCUGACAAGCAUCCUGAAAAUUCCAAAGCUGUGGAGACUUUUCAGAAACUGCAGAAGGCAAAGGACAUUUUGACUAAUGAAGCAAGUCGAGCCCGCUAUGACCACUGGCGAAGGAGCCAGAUGUCAAUGUCAUUCCAGCAGUGGGAAGCUUUGAGUGACUCGGUGAAAAUGUCAAUGCACUGGGCUGUCAGAGGAAAAAAGGAUCUGAUGUUGGAAGAAUCUGACCAGACUCAUACUGACAAAAUUGAAAAUGAGGAACAGGAUGAGCAAAAAGAGAUAAAGAAAGAGGAGUUUGGUUCAACCACAGAGAAAAUGGAGCAGAAAGAAUCCAAAUCUGUGGAGAAGUCAUUCUCCCCACAGAAUCCAGAUUCUCCAGGUUUUGCAGAUGUGAACUGUUGGCACCUUCGUUUCCGCUGGUCUGGGGAUGCUCCUUCAGAACUCCUGAGGAAAUUCAGAAACUAUGAAAUAUGAAAUAUCCCUGUUCAUUGAGGAGAGAGAAAAAGAAAGAAAGAGAGAAAGAGAGAGAGAGAGAGAAGAGAGAGAUCAUUUCUUGUGCUGCCAACUUGCAGUCUUUCUUCAGAUCUUAAAAAUGUCAUAUUUGUGAAUUGCUGAGUACCAAAUCAUUCCUCCAUCCUUGAACCCAUUCUCUCAAUGUGUUUUUUAAAUGAGAAAAUUUUCAGACUAGUUUCUUUCAAUAUUGAAGUAAAUUAAGGCCCUUAGAUCCAGAGUAGAUUGUAUUAUGUGUAUUUUCCUGUUAAUGUUAUUUAUAGAGAUCUAUUAAAAAUCAAUCCCUGUAGUUAAAUAUUUCAUUGAUGUACCAUGAUCUUUAUUAGUGCUGGAUAUACAAGAAAUGUUUUGUGACUCUGAACUUAAAGUGAAAUGUGAAAUUACUUGUGUAAAUUGAAUGAAAUAAAUAAUCUUUCCAAAGUUCA